UCAUAGCGUUUGUUGAUUCUCUCGGAAGUUCAGGAACCGCAUUAAUUCAGAAAAGUUUACAAACUACUGCUUAAGAUUCCAAUAGAAUAAAGAAUUGUUUAGCUGUGAUCACGAUUUGCGAUGGAUUUAUUAGUGAAAUUAGAAAAUAAGCUUUCGGCGCUUUUCCAUGAAAAAUUCCAACCGGACAAGAUCACGUUCAAAUAUAAUUUUAAACAGUUGGACAAACUCGGUGAUUUUGUGGUCAAAAUUGUGAAUCCCAAAUGUGAAGAUUUCGCACGAGUCGAUGCGACAUCAUUAAUCGCGGAAUUUGACGAUUCUAACGGACUUUCGAUUACCAAUGCAGAAAUUACGGAUGCCGGGGUACACGUGUUUGUCGAACGCAACAGCGCGUAUACAACAUUUCUAAGAACAAUGUCGGAAAGUUACUUAGGCCUUGAUUCUAAUUUAGAAAAGACGAUUAAGCUUGAAAGUGAUGUUCAAAAUUCAACACUAGAUUUGUUAUCUUUGACGGAUUUACGGAUUCUGUCUGUAAAAACCGUUGUAAACAACUUACUAAAAUUGAAUGGAUUUAAAAUACAAUCGUCCGAAGCGACCACGAGUGAUCUGCACAUUAAAAUAAGUCGGAGUUCCUCCUCCAACGGUAAUAAUCAGAUAAAUUUGCUUUGUGGUCCUGUGGUAUGCGACAGGACCAAAGCUGUAGAAUAUGUUGAUAAAAGAGCCAAUGAUAUGCAGUUGAUUGCACAGCAUAAAUAUGGUAUCAGGGUUAAGGAUAAUGAGCGAUUUAAACGAACUAUUUCCAGUCUUGGUCGAUCUGCAGCAAUCGUUGAUUUGCUAGAAUCUAAAAUUUCCAGUCCAAUCGAUAUGCGGAAAGCUGACAAAAAUCAAUCGAGUAAAGGAGCUUCAUUUAUAUUGUACAAUUACGCUCGACUGUCGGUACUCUUCCGAACAUUUGAGGAAAAACAAAGUAAAGGAUACUACCCAGUAUUACCUGAUAUAGGAGAUGUGGACUUCGGCCUUCUGAAAGAAGAGGACGAAUGGCAACUGUUUUGGGUGUACGUAUGUGGUUAUCCAAGCAUGUUGAGACACGCACUGGGCGAUGAUAAUCUUGAAAAAAUGGCUCCUCAUUUAGUACUGGCGUUUGCGAGUGGUUUGGUUAUUUCUCUAAGCAAGUACUAUCGACGGAUACGGAUCUUAACGGAAAAUCGUUCUCAUCUCUUGCCGGUCAUGUUUGCUAGGAUACAACUACUGAAAGUGGUUUACAGGAUACUUUCAACUUUAUUGGAUAUUUUAGAUUUGGAACCGGUUACGCAAAUGUAAACUUCUGUUAUGUUCAAUUAUGUUAUGCAUUUUUGUACAUACCUAUGUACGUAAAUAGAUUCUUCAAAAUUUAAAAAUAUGUUUGGAUUGUUUCACGUUUCCAACAAGUGUCAACCAAAAAGAAGCACCGACCAAUUUUCUGAAGAACCUACGUAUCGGAAAUUAUGAAGGAAAAAUUAGUAAACGUGAGUAAAACAAAUUGUAAACGACAACAACAAAUACUUACCUAGAAUAAUUGCAGGAAAUUUUUAAUACACUGUUUAUUAAAAACUCGGACAAGGACUCUUCAUUCAUUCUUCGGCGAUUCACAGAAACAAAAACACUCACAGUUCGCUGACAAAAGAACGUAAAAGAAUCAUGAACAGUCAAACCGACUUUUGAACCAAUUUUUGAAGUUCGUUAAGCUGUCUUAAACAGGACACCAGGGUGAACUGUUUGGCAACUACCUACCUAAUUCAAUUUUAGGCAAAAAAAAAAACAAAUCGACAAAACUGAUAUCUCAAUGAAACUGUGAUUUAUCACACUACAGUUGAAACAACAAGAUUUUUAUGGUCCAACAUUUAUGAACAUAAAUAAGAUUUUCCACUAUACUAAAUAAAUCAACUGCUGUGUGUCCAAUCGCUAAAAAUUUGUCCUGAUGUCGGUUAAAAUGGAUAUAACAAAAACAAUUGAUCUAAACCACUUAAUGUUAUAGGACCUAAACGGUUUCGAUGGCGCCUCGUUUCUUCUGUCGCUCUUCACCAGCGAUAAACGAAGUCUCCUCGGAUGUGGGACUAAGUUCAACCGGUAUAGUGACAGUUGUUGAAUUGGCUCCCAUCGUUACAACCGUUGGAACUGCCGACGUUACCGAUGCGUCCUUCACCAUGAUAGGAUUGUUGAUGAUUAUCGGAUGAUGCGACGAACUGCUCCCGGGAGUAGCCAAUGAAGGUUCUAAGCUCAACCUCGAUGGAGUAUGGGAACGCGAUGGGCCGUUGGAUGAGUUGCGCGAAAGCGAUACCGGACUCGAGUUUUGUGAUCGUCUGAAAUCUUCCAAUGGAAUUUCUUCCGAUCGCGGUCUCGGUACUCGAGGGCUGGAUUCUCGAGAUCUUGGAGUGCCGGAGCGAUUUCGAGAUGCUUCACGGGAUUUAGCCACGGCAAUCGGUUGGCUGCUAUCUCGCCGAACCGGAUAAGAAGUCUUGCGGCGGGCACCAGUGGCAUCCCUUUGAAAGGAUGAUGUAGCAGUAAUAUGAAUAAAUAAUUUCAUACUUAGUAAGACAGUUAAUAACCUUAAAUUUUUCAAUUCUAUCUGCCGGUGGAAUCCUACCAGUUGUAAAAGAUUAAAUUCUCUGUUCAUAGAUUCAUAGAUGCCAACUCGCAUUUAUAUGAGUACGACUUCUGUUAACAAUAAUUAGUAAUUUCAUUCAAAAACAUUCUUGAUCUAGGUUGAUCACCUAAUGGGACCUUCUCUCGAAUAAAAUUGUGCAGUGGAUUUUGAGGACUUUGUGGUGUUGAGUUUUCGGUGAAUUCAUAUUAAACUUGUAUGUAACUAGACUAACUCACAAACUUAAUUUUUUUUGUGGCGUUAAAAUAGCUCGGGGAGCUGACGCUGGAAAUGAAAAUUAGAGAUAGUUUGGAGAAGAAAAUUUUAAAGUUUAGAGUAGGCAGCGUAGAAUAGUAAGCGAUCAUGGGGCAUAUAGUCUUAGCCACUGGCCCUUACACCCAUUGGACUGCAGCCCAUACAGCAGGCAGUCCAGCAGUAGAAAGAAGAAGAAGAAACGAUCAUGAGACGGUGGUUAGACCAUCAUGCACUUCAUUAUAUCCAUUCCGGCUGGAUAUGGACAGAAUGCAGUUCAAGAUAAUAAACCAACCCCUCCUGAUACCAGACCAGUUGGAGGAAGGACAAGGGUGGGUUCGAGACUGGCCUCUACUUACUCCCCAAGCAUCGCAACUUAUGGGAUUCGAACACAAAUUUUUCUUGCCGAUAUCAGGAAUCGAACCCAAUACGCUUGGGUUACCACUAGACCACAUCAGCGCUAGAUGUCGUACUCAUAAACUUAAUAUUGAUUCAAAAAAUUUCAUGCGCUAUCAGACGACAAAUGAAUGUAGAGCUAAUUUAUGUUUGUACACCUUGCAAAAAGUGUGCAGCUAUUAAAUGUAUUAUUUUUUUUUCAAGUGGUCGAAACACGCGAAAGGAAAUCAUUUUUAAAGGUUUUUAUUUUGUAUAUGAAAUCUUUAGUAGAUACCUAAAUUAACAACUGAAUAAAAAUACAAAAAAUUAAGGAAUAUAAAAAACUAAAAAAUAACUUCAUUUCAUUGAAGGCACAAUUCUUUUAAAUAAUUGAUAGGUGUAAGGAUAUUAAAUUAUAAUUUUCAAAAACUUCUUGUUUAAAUGAUUUUGAAUUACUUACCCAUCGAUGGAACGACUUGAAUUGAUUUGAACGCGACUAACACUUCCCGACGGCAUGCUAUCGCGUCUCAAUGCUGCAGCAACACCCGGUACUCGAUUGCUCGUCGAAAACAAAGGGCGAUGCUCUCGAGGUUGUCUAGCGUUACCCGUCUUUAGCAUAGAGCUAGACGAGCUCGAUGUACUCAGCGAUGGGAACGAACUAUCAUUCAACUGCCCCGGGAUCUCCAACAGUUGAGCGAUUUGAAACAUUUUCUUCUGUCGAGCUUUACUGCGUCCUUUGGUGAGUCUCUGCUUUGCUGCCAUACAGCGGAUAUGAUCAUCGAACAUGAACUUUGCCGAAAGAAUUGGUGUACGAUUAUUCGUUGCCCCUCCGCGGUGGAUCGUCAGGUGCAAACUACGCGAGUCCUCCUUGUCUCCGUUGACCUCAACGUCCUGUAGGAAACCUACAAAUUUUGCCACACCCCAUCCCAAUCGUUUGCUGUCAGGCUCAACCAAAAUAAGCUGUAGAAUAUCCAUCACCAAAAAUCGCCGGUGCUUCGUGCCAUCACGCAUCACAACCGUGCAAGCGAUCAGAUCGCUAUUAUCUGAGAAAGAUAAAAGAAAAAUCAAAAGAUUUUUUAUUUUUGAUUUAGAUAAAAGAACACUUACUCAAAUCCAGUGCAUUCUCAAUCUGCACGCACGUACUCGGGUUGGUCAACGGGAGCAGAUUUUCCCUAUCGCCGGUGAUGCUUUGGCACAUUUUCCGCAGCAAAAAGAACACCCGGAUGGCGCGGCGGGCCUUCUCGACCUCACCACAGGGAAGUCGCCGGGUAAAACUGAUCCCGGUUAGCGGGGUUCCAGUCGGCGGAAGCAAAAUGGUCGAGUCAUUACACAGGAACUCCACGUUCAGAGUGGUCUUCACCAUUUCG